GCGAGUCACAUGAAUGGUUUGUUGUGGUCGUGACUGAAAACCUUUUGAAACAUGUAGCUGAAAACUGCAGUAUUAACGUGACUCUCUCAGUUCUGGCGAAAUUAAAUUAUCUGUCCAACAAACCGAAGCGUUACCCGCCGAAGCUUCCUCACAGUGAAAACGGCGAGAGGCUGUUUCUGUGUGACGCUGGGGACUUUUCAGAUAGAGAAGCUUGUAACGUUAGCUAGCUGCUUUGUUGUGCUUUGAGUUUUGGGUUCGUGUUCAGAGAAGCGUUUGUAAAAACUGGCUUUACUGUGUUUGACCGGCUGACGUCAUGCUCCGGUGGAUUCUCGGUGGUCGGGAAGCUCAGAGCUCAGCGGAGAAAAGCCCUGUGCUGUGCAUUGGAGAGGAACAGCCCAAAAACUGCUUCACUGAGCUGCAGGUGCUGAAAGGACAUUUUGACAUUGUUCGAUUUCUGGUGCAGAUUGAUGACUUCAGAUGUGCCUCAGCAGGGGAUGAUGGCCUUGUUUUGGUGUGGAAUGUUGAGACUGGGGAGAGGCUGCAGGAGCUGAGAGGCCAUUCUCAGCAGAUAACAGCCAUAACCACCAUCACCUGCAAAAAUGAAGUCACACUGAACACCUCGCUUAUCACUGCCUCUUCAGACCGAAGCCUCAGUCUGUGGGACCCUGAUACAGGCAACAGGGUCCAGACCAUUUCAGAUCUUCAUUCUUCUGUAAAGUGUUUGCUGGUGCUCGAGCGACUGUGUGUGUGGCUCUCUGGUGGGGAAGAACUAUGCGUGUGGAAUAGAGACUUUCAGCUGCAGUGUCAACGACCCAACCACAGUGAUACUGGAAUCACUGCUUUGAUUGAACUGCCGAAGAACUACAUAGCAGCUGCCAUGGAUAAAAAAAUAAUGAUCUACAGCUUGACAGUUUCUGCUGAUUCCUCUCUGUCAGUGGCUGAGAUCCGCUGCCUCUCCGACCACCAGGAUCAGAUCCGAGCUCUUAUCAACGUCAAUGACGGGCUCUUCGCCAGCGGGUCCCAUAUGGGUGAGUUGAUCUUAUGGAAUGCGACUGAGUGGAACCUCCUGGCCUAUGAACACAUUCUCUGGGAGGAGUCUCAAGACUACAAUCAGACUGAAAUACGAAUGGGGGCUCCUAAACCCAGCGAGAUGUCCAUUCAGCACCUGACCACCAAUGGAAAUCUCAUCCUUGCUGCUGUGGGCAGCGGUCUCUACGUCUACAGUGUUCAGACCAGAAGCGUGGUGGCCUACAGAAAGGUUGCCCACGACUCUAAUGUGUUACACACCAUGCUGCUGUCUGACUGUGAGCUGAUGUCCUGCUCUGAAGAUGGCAGUGUGAGGAUGUGGGAGAUCCAAGACUUGCCUUUGCCGGCUGAACCAGCUUCUUCAGGGUUCUUUGGGAUGUGGAGUUUUGGCCGUUCAAACAAACAAUCUGGGCCUCCUUCAAAGAAGGUUAUAGACAUUCCCAACAUUAGGAUGCUAGAGUUGACUGGAGAUCUGAUUGGACACUCAGGAGCAGUCCAGAUGUUCGUAAGUUUCACGGAGAAAGGUUUGGUUACAUGCUCGGCGGACCACCUGCUCAUUCUGUGGAAGAACGGAGAAAGACAGUCUCGUCUCCGCAGCCUGGCCCUUUUCCAGAAAUUGGAGGAGAGGGGAGGACUUUGACAUUUAUGUCACUCGCUUUAAAAAAAAGUUGGGAGGUUGAUGCUUAAUGGUGUUCACAAAUGAUUUAAAUGUUAGUGUAAUGGUUGGUGUUUACAUUUAUUCACUUUGCCUUUGGACUGAAGAUGUGUAUUACCUUAAAUUCUAUAAACUGUCUGUAAAUACCUCAUCUUCCAAAUGUAACAGUACUUUUGUUUCCACACUGGAGUGUUUGAGCACUGUGAUGCUGACAUAAGUCAUUUUGUACCAAACACAGUCUGUUAUGGUUUUACAUUAGUACAGCCCAAUUCAAUUCCUGCUCAGGCUUUACUGUAGAUAUACAUUUGUGCCUCUUCAUGUUGUGUAGGUCUGCUUCCAUGUGCCAAGAAGCACUGUUGUGAUCAUCUAGCAGUGCAAUGAGAGGAAGGUUCAGCAGCUUAUACGUGUAAUCAUUUGCACUAUUGCUGUUUUUGUGUGUUUGUUUGGUUUUUUUAAUAUAGUUUGACAAUAUGCUUUGUGUUUUUGAGAGUUAUGAGAAUGACAGUGCUUUAGCAGUGGCAUCAUUCGAUAAUGCUUGUAUUUUUCAAAAAUAUUUUCCACACUAUAAAUUAUCACUUUUUAAUUAUUGCCAUGAUUAUGCAGUGUGUCUGGAAAGUAUUUGCAGAACAGGUUCCACAUGUUUUUCCUGUUACAGCCUUAUUCCAGAAUAAAUUGAAUUAAUUUUUACUUAAAAUUCCA